AAUUUGUUUAUAAAACGCCAUCAAUCAAGACAUGUUGGCACAAGUUACCAAUCACAUUGCGAGGGUUCUAGUCUGUGGACCACCUCCAAUUAUAUUCAGCUUCUUCACUUUACCAACGUAGCAAAAACAUGAAACAACCCAUCAGAAUCAAAAUCCUCUACAUUUCUCUCGCUGUUUUCUCGAUUGUUUCAAGCGAAACCAGCAUCAAAUCCACGGCCAUGAAACUUUUUGACGCACACUGUCACCUUCAAGACCAAAGAGUUCUCGACAUGGCUCCCCUGCUCAUUGAAACCGCCCUUGGUGCCGGAGUUGUUUACAUGGCCGUCGACGGGAUAACCGAGAAAGACUGGCAUCUAGUGAAAGAAAUGAGUGACGAAUAUGAAUCUGUGAUUCCAAAUUUUGGACUGCAUCCAUGGUUCGUUGAAGGAAGGAGUCCCUCUUGGUUCGACACUCUCAAACAGUUAUUUGAAGCAAACCCUUCGGCUGCUGUCGGGGAGAUUGGUUUAGACAAAAGCCCUCUAGCAAAAGGGGUUGAUUUUGGGCAACAGUUGAAAGUGUUCAAGAAACAGCUUGAACUUGCAAGAGAGUUAAAAAGACCAGCAAGUGUGCAUUGUCUCGAAGCUUUUCCCGAGCUUCUUCAAAUAAUGAAGGAAAUGGGACAUUUUCCAGCAGGUGUAAUACUACAUUCUUUCAACGGAGCACCAGAGGUAGUACCUCAACUUACAAAGCUUGGCUCCUACUUUUCAUUCUCUGGUCAUUUGAUGCCAUUGGAAGAAGACAAAGCCAGAAAGAUCGUCAAAGCGGUACCUCUUGAUAGAAUAUUAUUAGAAACGGAUUCACCUGAUGCGCUACCAACAAACCCUCUCUACUUCGUUCCUGGGAAUAAUACCCUAAAUCAGCCUGCAAAUGUUCAUAGUAUACUUAUAUAUGUUGCAUCCUUACUAGAAAUGAGUAAAGAAGAAUUGGCAGAGAUAAGUUACAAUAAUGCAGUUCGUGUGUUCUCCUACAAAGGUUCGAAAAUUCCAUCGAAAUGAAAUCAUUUCAAUGCCCAUGGGAACUGCCAUAUCAAUAUUGUUUAAGUAAUAAUGGAAUAAGGUAAUUAUAUCAUCCGCACCUUGUACUGUUGUAUGUUAAAACGACCCAUAACUAAUAAUGCGAAAAUAAUAAUACUAA